AUGUCGUUUUCUAAAAGGAAACAGAAAUCCAUUUUUCAAUUUUUUCGAAAGAAAUCAAAUGUACCACUUGAUAACAAUUCAGAUGAAGAGGACACGCCGAGUGAUGUAUCUGAAUCUAUUGAAAAGACAUAUUCUGCAAUACAAUUAGACGAAGAAAAUUCAACAGCUAAAAAUAUUGAAACGGUGGAUUCAAAUACCAACAACGAUAGUGUUUUGAAGUCAAGCUCAAUUAGUUUAAGUAAUGACAUUGGACAUUUUGUUGGUAAAAUUCAAAUUCGAAUCGAUGAUCAUACAAAAUUUAGGCUACUAAAUUCAUGGAAACCAGACCCAUCAUUUAACUUUCCAUAUUCUAUUCAUAUUAAAAAUGGCAUAGAGAGAAAACGAUAUUUAAGGUAUAACCAUUUUGAAAAUUAUUCUUGGCUUGUUUUUUCAGAAAAACAUACUGGUUUAUUUUGCAAGUUUUGUGUUCUUUUUUUAGUUCACAAAAACGGCGGUAAACAAAAAAAUGUACCUUUACAAAAACUUGUAACCAAACCUUUAAAAGAAUUUGCAAAGUUAUUAGGUAAACAUGGAUGUUUAGAAACUCACAAUAGCAAUAAAUAUCAUAAAGAAGCUUCGUUAUGUUCAUCUGAUUUUUUAAAAACCUAUAUGGAACCCAGUAAUAAUGUGGCUAAUUUAGUUAUCACUGAACGUAUGAGACAAUGCAAGGAAAACAGAGAACGCCUAAAGCCCAUCAUUCAAUCAAUAAUUUUUCUGGGACAACAGAAUAUUGCCUUGAGAGGGCAUCGUGAAAACAAUAAUCUUACAAAUACCACAGCUGACUCUUCAACUAUAAAUCAGGGUAAUUUUCUUGAACUAUUAAAAUUUAGAAUAUCUGCUGGAGAUCAAAUAUUAGAAAAUCAUCUGAAAACCACUCAUUCUAAGGCAACUUAUCUAUCACAUUCUAUUCAAGAAGAAAUUAUUCAAUGUUGCCGUUAUGAAAUCAUUUCUUUUAUUCUGAAAGAAGUAAAAAAUAGUAGAUAUUUUAGUAUCAUAUUUAAUGAAACAACAGAUAUUAGUAAUAUUUCACAGAUGAGCCUUUCUCUUAGAUAUAUUGAUAGUAAUCACAGAGUUCAAGAAAAAUGUAUCAAUUUUCUUGAUUGUCAUGAAUAUGUGUAUAGACAAGGUAAACGUAGAACGAUCAUGUCAACUAAUAACAUUGACAAUGAAUCAGAUGAUAAUUUAUGUGAUUUUGAUCCUACUAAAAAACUAGAACCAAAACUAUCUGGGGAAAUAUUAGGUGAUACUGUAGUUUCUAUAUUAAAAGAAAUGUCUAUAGAACUUAAUGACUGUGUAGGAAUUGGCACUGAUGGUUGUACGGGCAUGACUUCAACAAUACAUGGAGCGGUUCAACAAAUUAAAAAAUCUGCAAACAACGCUAUUCAUAGUCCUUGUUCCAAUCAUUCACUGAACCUUUCCAUAUCUAAAUCAUCAAAUGUGCAAUCAGUGAGAAAUAGACAAAAUCGUACUUUAACAAGUCUUUGUGAAACGAGGUGGAUCGAACGACACGAUAGUGUUAUUCAAUUUCAAAUAUGUUUACCAGAAAUCAUUGAGUCCCUAGAAGCUAUUUCUGAAUGGAAUGAUCUUACUUCUUCAACCAAAUCCAAAAUACUAUUGACUGCAAUGUGUAAUUGUGAAUUUUUAAUAACAUUAUAUACACUCUCUAAUAUUUUAAGCGUAAGUUUACCAGCUAGCCGAGCUUUACAAGGAGUUGAACAGGAUGUAGUUGCUGCAUUUGAUUGUAUUAAAUCUGUCAUCAAUAAUCUUAGUGAAAAAAGAAAAAAUUGUGAAGAUGUAUUUAAAGAAACCAUUAUUGAAACAGUAAUAAAAAACUAUAACUAUCAUUUAAAAACAAAUGCUGUCACUCUUAAAGGAGAAAUUGAGUUGUGGAAAACCAAAUGGCUGAGUUCAGACAAAAAUACUAAUGAAGAAUUUGAACCUCCAAAAACUGUAUGGGCAUCAUUAGAUAAUUGUUCGCCAAUAAUAUUUCCUACAAUUCACAACAUUCUAUUGAUAUUAGGGACCCUGCCUAUUAAAAACAUGGUUGCGGUCACAAAUGGGUCAAGAUAG